AAGGCGGCUCUUUCCAGGCGGAGGACUUCCGGUGCUUAAGUUUGAGGUUCGGACUCUGGCGUUCUGAAAAAUCCCUUGCCUGGAGUCUUCCCGCACAUGCGCAAAACUGAGACUGAAGAAUCGGGCAUACAGAUGGAUUUCCCUGACAAUCUCUUUCCCACGUUCUUUCUGCCUGGCCCCCCUGGCCUGAGUGAUUCCCCUGCCUCUUAUCUGGCCCCUGCUUGGAGUGACUACAUGCAGUUGCUGAAGCCCCCCCAGACCCAGGAUCCAUCGAUUAACCCCCAGCAUGAAGCAUCCUAUGUGACAAAGUGGGGAAGAUGGAAAUCUGACACUCCUGGACCCCUGCCCUUCCUGCUCCCUGGUGCUGAUCCUUGGGAUCCUGAGCUAAUGUCCCAAGAUCUGCUCUUUCGGGGGAGAGUGAAGCAACCAGCUAGAGCCAAAGCAACAAUAGAUGUUAUAGAGCAGCUCAACCAUUUCCUGUGGGAUCAUGGAGACAUUGCCUUUGGGCCCUUAGGAAUGCUGCUGCAAGAGAAUUUUAACCUGGGAGAAACAAAGAAAUCCCGCAAGAACAAAAUGGUGAUGAAUACAGAAUGGUUGCUCCGGGACCUCAAUGGAUACCAACCCAAGGGGUGCCCCUGGGCCCACCUGAGCACCCGCCAGCGAAGAUUCUCUCUGCUGGGGGGCACGGUGCUGGGGGAGGAAGUGGAAAAUCUGCUUGGGGGGCUGCUGCAUGAGGAGCUGGAGACACGCUGGAAGAGGCUGCUCCUGGAUGAAGCUUCUACAGGCGGGGCUCUUGGUUGGGUUCCAGGGGCUAAACCCCACCAUGGCCAGCUGGUCUACCCUACUGGGCGAGCCCACGACCAGCUGAACUUCCAGAAGGUAAAACUGUCUCCCACCAAAGAGCCCCAGGCCCUUGGGGACCCAAGCCACAUCUUGCUCCGAGGACCAGUCCGGCAGGUGGUGACUCGCACAAUCCAGGGAGAAGCUCUGGUGGCUGUCCGCUCUGACCAUCACUGUGCUUUAUGGAGACUUGGACACCGAGGGCCUCCGGAGCCCCUGCAAGUGCUGGAGAUGGAAAAGGAAGCUACCGGGAUCAGCCUCAGCCCUCACCUCCCCGGAGAGCUGGCCGUCUGCACUCGCUCGGGAGCUGUGUGUCUGUGGAGCCCCCAGCAUGGGCUGCGGCAAGUACACAAAGACCCCGAGACCUUCGUCUUCAAGGACCCCUCUUCGUGGCGCUGGGCGGAUUUCACGGCCCACCCGCGGGUGCUGACUGUCGCCGACCGCACUGGGAUCAGGCUCGCGGACGUCCGGGCUCCCUCCGACUGCGGUGAGCUCCUUUUCCGCGUGGGGGCCGAAGCCUCCUGUCAGCGAGGAGAGCGCGUCUUGUUGGCUCAGUACUUGGGGACACCCGAUCCUCUCCCCCUGAGUCCCACCCUUCAUCUCGUCUGUAGCCAGUUCUCCCUCUACCUGCUGGAUGAGCGUUUACCUCUUGUGCCAAUGCUGAAGUGGAACCACGGGCUCCUGUCGCCCCCGCUGCUGGCUCGGCUCCUGCCCCCGCCCCGCCCUGAAGCGCCCCUGCCCCUGCUGCUCGGAGGACUCGGGGGCCACCUGCGGAUGCUGCAUCUUUCAGGAGGGUCCGAUCGCGCCCCACAGCUGGCGGCGCCGCCACAGUCUCUGCCUUCACUCAUUGACUCCCUCCCUGGCUUUCCAGUCCUGGAGCCCCACGGGCAGCAGCUGCUGCAGGACCGCCUCAGGGCUCCCCUCACAGGCUUGGCUGCUGUUGUACCGCCGCGUUGCCCCAGCCCCACCAUGCUGCUGUUCCAGCUCUCCGCUGCCGGAGAUGUUUUUUACCAGCGCCUCUGGCUGCAGCCAGACACCAGUUCAGAAAAUGCUGGCUCUUCUUCCACUGACCACACGGAGGAUUUAGGCCUCAAUUCCCACAGCCAGACCUCUGCUACCUCAUCCUUGGGCACAGUUUCUGAGCCCAGCGCCGUUUCCUGGAAGCCCCGGGCUGUUGCUUGCUGCCGCCGUUGGCUGAAAACCCUGUUACAGGUUCCCCCAACCCUCCCUUCUUGGGUACCCCCUACUUUCUCCCAACACCAUCUCCGAUGGUUGAAGGAAGAAAACAAAGGGAAGGUCCGAGAGGGCCUGCAGGCCGCCAUGGCUGAAGGCCGGCUCCUGCUUCAAGGGGACCUGGGCCCGCUCCCUCCCUCUGAUCCACCCCCUACACACGAGCCCUUUGGUACGGAAGACAAGUUGAGUGAACGUUUGGAAGCGUCCUGGGAGAGAAAGGGAGCCAUUUGGUGGGACAGCCAACUAGAUGGUAGCCGGCUGCCUAGAAAGCGGCAGUCACGGGAGAAGAGACGGACUCAGCUCUCUAGUUCUUUCUCUUCCAUCAGAUCCACUUCUGACUUCUCUGAUGUCAACAGUCCCCUUCCUCAUUCUUCAAAGACUCCUAGCCCUCUGCACAGGAUGUCUGAAACUUCUCAGUCUCUGGAGCUGUCUCAGGAGCUCUGGGUCAAAAAUAUACCCCGAGAGCGGCGGCAGACACUUCGGGACUACCUUGCAGUCCUCCCUUCUCCAGACUCAGGAAACUGCUCUACCCCCCAAUUCCAGAAUCCUAGCAGCCAGAGCCUCUCCACUUCUGAGCCAGGGAAAUGUUCAGUACCAUGCUCCCAGAAUCCAAGGACACAGACCCUCUUUUCUCCUCUCCCAGAGAGCUCCUCUGCCCUCUACUCUCAAAAUCCAAACAGCCAGAGCCUCUACUCCCCUGAACCAGGGUUCAACUCUCUAUUCCACUCCCAGAAUUCGAGCAUCCAGAAACUGCCCUCCCGACACACUCCUACCCUUGCAGGCUCACAGCCUCUCAGGAAAAAGCCCCGCAUGGGCUUCUAAGGACUUUUUUGUGGAUCUUAAGAUCCUCAGAAAUCCUUGGAUCUCAUAGGAUUGUAACUUGGGACUAGAAGGGAUCUAGUCCAACCUCAUUUUACAGAUGAGGAAACUGAGGCCCAAAAGGAUUUACACAGGUGUCAAAGAUCAUUACCCUAUUCUACCUCAAUUAUCAAAGCUCAUUCUAUGACUGAGCUUUUUGGGGGAAUUUUCAGGAAAAGUUCAGAUCUGGUCUGUUUAAUGGAAAUUAACUAGAAGGCACCCUACCCUUUCUAUGCCCUGGUGCUGACAUUUUCUACUAAUUACUUAAACUAUUUAUUUUACAAUGGCUUGCACUAAAUGGGAACUCUCUCCCCCGGGGAGACGGACCAUUAUAUUGAGCAUCCUGGUGCCCAUGAACCAGUGUGUGAAGUACUUAAAAAGGGUGACCCUUAGCCUCGAGCAAAGUCUCAAUUUCUUCAGGGAAAAUAUUGAAAUAGAGACUUUGAAGACUUGUGUUGAACGAGCCAUCUUUUGGCUGCCUUCUCAGGUUUGUGCACUGGUAGCAACUCAACUUUCUAACUCAGCCUUUAAAAUUGUUAGCUAACGUGCUUUUUCAAAAUAAUCUAUGACCUUCAGACUAAUAGACUCCAACUCCCCAUAGUCCAAUUUUCAGAUUUGGGAAACUAACCAGUCUAUUAAUCUCUUGAUGUGUUUAAUCUGCCCAUAUGUACUCAUCGGACCUCACCAGAAGUUGGUAACAGGGAAGGGGUGAGGUAUAUGCAAGGAGCUGUAUAGAAUUUAAAGAAAUCACUUAAAUUGUCCUGUGGAACAAUUUUGUAGGGAAGUUGGUGAAGAGCCAAAAAAAACACAUUUUUCCGGAACCCUUAAGUCCUGAGGCCUUAUACCUAUUUAUAUUUUUCAGUAUCUUCCAAUAAAGAGUACCAAAUAUUUGCUGAUUAA